ACGAUCUCCCAUGUCGGCGCCGGGAAGCAGUGAGGUGAACCAGCAGGUCACCAAAGAAGGAACGAGCUCACAACGAGCUAAGGAGAUGGAUACGACAUCACAAAAGGAUGUCAAGAUCAGCCCUGUCACAUCGGAGCAGGCCAAAGAUGCCGAACCGGACCUCGUUGAACAGUCACAAGAUGAGAAGCUUGAUGAGCUGAAGCUGGGCGAUAUCUCACUUGACGAUGACGUCACAGUGGAAGAUCUGUCCGAGAGUCCCAUGCAGUACGAAGAGAUGAUGCGAAGUCACAAGUUCAGCAAUGAAGAAUCGUACCUCACCGAUGAUGAUGUGACGAUGAACACGUCAUUUAGGACAGCGAUGAAAGAUGCCGAUCGAGCUGAAGGGGUGACAGCGUUCAGUGAUAUACCUGAACACCUAAUCGAACGAACCCAGACAGGGAAGAUCAUCAAUGUCCGGUCUCCAUCUCCGAACAGCCCUACCUCAAAUCUGAAGAGGCAGAUCAGGGAGUUACAAACGUCACUGGAAGACAAAGAAUGCCAGCUCCUGCAGAAGAAACAGGAAUAUCAGAAGAGGAUAAGCUCACUCGAAACUCAUGUAUAUGAGAUGGAGCAACAGCAGGGCAUUCUGGAAAAUGCGGCGACGGAAUGGAAAAUCAGAUAUGAACGUCAGAAGGAGAUCGCUGAAGAGGCCCAAAAGGUUGCUGAUGAUAAGGAAGUUGAAAAGUUCAUCGCCGUAGAUGAGCUCAAUGAGAGCAUGUCCGAAGAGACAGCUGAAAAGUCAAGGCAACUAGCUGAAUUGAAGGAUCAGUGUGACGAGCUUCGCAAGAAGGCAAACGAAGCUGAAGUCAAACGUAAUGAUUAUGCAACUAAGUUAGCUGAGGCCACACAACGAUUGGCAACGAUGUCAACAGAUAUGCUAAAGCUAAGAAACGAUCUGAAGCAGAAGGAGGAGAAUAUUGGCAUCCUCCAAAAGGAAUCGCAAGCUCAUCAGAAACGAGCUGAUGAAGCGCUCCAGGUGGCGAAGGAGCUCACCGAGUUGGGAGCGACUGAAGGUGAACGACUCAAGGCAGGAAUUAAAGAAGUUAACGAAGAAAACAUGAAUCUAACGGAACAGAUUAAGAAGCUAACAGAGGAAAGUCAAAAGUGGCAGGCUCAAGCAUACCGGCUGGACACAAUGGUCACAGCUCUUGAGAUAGCUGACAAAGAAAACCAACGAAAGGUCCAUGAGCAGCUCGAAGAGAACAUCAGGCUCAAUACGGAGCUGACCGCAAUGGCGACCACGGCAAUGUUGAGAGAAGAUGAAGCCACGGAAGUAAAAAACCAGCUGAUAUCGGCGGGGCAGGCAUACACAGAGCUGGAGCAGCAGGUGAAUCAGCUUGCCGAACGAAUGAUCACACUAAAGGAAGAGACACAUAAAGAGAUGGACAAUCGAACCAUCAAACUCCAGAAUGAUAUGCUGAAAAUCAGGCAGGACAACGAUCGAUUAAGGAAGGAAAGAGACGAUCUCUCCUUGAGAAACAGACGCCUAGAAGACGAAAACAAAGGUCUUCAGAUGACGAAUAAACAUAAGGAUGAACAGCUCCUUCAGUUCAGUACGAAGAAGGAUACCAAGGAAUCCCCUCCGCCCAGUUACAGUAAGGCACAUGGAACUGGCGGGAGUGCUCACUUUGAGAUGCCGCUACGAACGGGUGGCGGCAGAAGUGAUUUCAAAACAGAAAAAGAUGAUGAAACCUCAGAUAAACGGAACCCGUCGAGCAGUCACCAACCACAUAUGAGCUCAGGUGACCCGUCGCAACCUCAACCGACCGAAACAGCAAUCAAAGAUGAUGCGAACCGAGAUGUGCGCUCCCCCCGACACGAACAUGAUGGGAGAUAUUUCAGAGAAUAUCGAAACGAACGCAACGAAAGGAACGAGCGAAAUCAACAAGAAGACCGAAACGAAGAUCGCGGCCAGAGGGAAUUCAACAGAGCCAUUAAGAACAUGGGCCGAAAAACAGACCUCGCGACUUUUGACGGUAACCGAGAUGCGGUGAAUGGAUGGAUUCGCAUUGUGAAAGAGACACAGCGCACAUAUGAUCUGACCGAUGAGCAGAUCAUGAUCGACAUAGCCAGUGCUGUGAGAGGACCAGCCAAGAUCUGGUUUGACAGUGAAAGCGACAUCAAAGAAGCUGAAGAAGAAGUCUACACAGUCACCGAGUGGCUCAAUAAAUUCAAGGAUGAGUACGGUGAUCGAAAUGAGGAAGUCCUCGGCCUACGCGAAGCCAUGGCUAGGAAGUUCAAACCCGGAAAGGAGACGCUUGAGCAGUUUUACCAAGUGACGGAGAGACGAGUACGAUAGAAAUAAUAUCGCAAUAUCUUCCUACCGACCUGACUCAACGACAGAGAAUGAGCUGAUAAUCUCAAUGUGGCAUAACUAAGAAAUAUGCAUACGCUACGAUCUACGCGAAGCGAGAAUAUGACACUGCAUUCCGACGAUAUAUUUUAAUGGAAAACUCCGACACUGCCAAACCCAGAAUGAGAACGAACUGAUCAUGCCAAAUACUGUAACUCUCGGACUUAUAUAAAUAGGCGCGAA